AAGGCACGCCGGCGACUUUGGAUCGGGAGCUUCCAGCCUGCGUUCUUCUCUAUUUCUCUUCUUCGACCUCCUUCCCUCAUCUCCCUUUUGCUUUCCCCCCUCCCCCAUUGUCUGUGCCAGUUUUGUUUGUGCUUCACUGGCUUCAUUUCCUCUCCGUUGGCCUUAUCUUCUUUCACCCCCUCCCUACGGUCCGGAUUUGUUGUCCCUAUUCCCCUCCAUCAUUUUGACAUUGUCGGUGAUCGGUUCUUGCUUGUUUAACCCCUAUUAUCAUCAUGGCACCUACUACAGAGACUGCUUCACCCAUUGGCAUUGCCAAUCUGCCCAACCAACGGCACAAGAUUGUUGCUAAGCGGGGUGCGGCGUUUACUAUCAUGGUUGCUGGAGAGUCGGGAUUGGGAAAGACCACUUUCAUCAACACUCUGUUUUCGACUACCAUUAAGAACUACGCCGACCACAAGCGCCGUCACCAGAAGCAGAUCGACCGUACCGUCGAAAUCGAGAUCACCAAGGCUGAGCUGGAGGAGAAGUUCUUCAAAGUUCGUCUGACCGUUAUUGACACUCCCGGUUUCGGAGACUACGUCAACAACCGUGACUCCUGGCAACCCAUCAUCGAGUUCCUCGACGACCAGCAUGAAUCGUACAUGUUGCAAGAGCAGCAGCCCCGUCGCACAGACAAGAUUGACAUGCGUGUUCACGCUUGUUUGUACUUCAUCAGACCGACCGGCCACACCCUGAAGCCCCUCGACAUCGAAGUGAUGAAGCGGUUGAGCUCGCGUGUCAACCUCAUUCCCGUCAUUGCCAAGGCCGAUACUCUUAGCCCCGCGGACCUGGCCCGCUACAAGACGAGGGUCCAAAAUGUUAUCGAAGCUCAGGGCAUCAAGAUCUACACCCCACCGAUUGAGGAGGAUGACGAGCACGCCGCUGCCCACGCUCGCAGCUUGAUGGCCGCCAUGCCCUACGCUGUGAUUGGAUCCGAGAAAGAUGUCAAAACCCACGACAACCGUGUCGUUAAGGGUCGCCAGUACGCUUGGGGCGUUGCUGAAGUCGAGAAUGAGGACCAUUGCGACUUCAAGAAGCUGCGUUCGAUUCUUAUCCGCACCCACAUGCUCGACCUCAUCCACACCACCGAAGAGCAACACUACGAGGCGUACCGUGCACAGCAGAUGGAGACGAGGAAAUUUGGCGAGGCCCGACCCCGGAAGCUGGAUAACCCCAAGUUCAAGGAAGAAGAGGAAUCCCUGCGGAAGCGUUUCACAGAGCAGGUCAAGGUGGAAGAGCAACGGUUCCGCCAGUGGGAACAGAAGCUCAUUGCCGAGAGAGACCGCCUCAACAAGGACUUGGAAGCCACACAUGCUGCGAUCAAAUCACUCGAGCAAGAGAUCGAGCACCUGCAAGGCCCGAGUACCCGAAGCCACGGACGUCGUUAAGAUAUUGUGGCCAUUGCUAUGAACGAAGUGGAAGGACAAAACCCCACGGAGGAUGGUAUAUGCGACUUCUUCAUUCCUGUUUAUUCUUGAUUACCCCCAUUUCUUCGGUUUUCGUGCGUAUCGGGGCAGUAUCCAUAAUGGGCUGUUGCUCGGCCGUGAUACGUUGGUUACCCUUUUUAUUUCUUUAUUUAUUUUGCCGGCUGGUAGCUAGCGAUGGUUCUCUUUACAUCGUUGAUAAUACUGAGUUGUAUUCGUAGCGUGUCAAUACAAUUAAUCUCUGUUUGUUGGGUGCAUUCGCUCGUCGG